CGAUCGAUAGUCAUUCAAACUACGUGUCAAUUAGACCUAGCGCGAAUGCUCCUACGUCGACCAAUGUGAAGGAUUUCCUCACAUCGAUCUUCGAUACGUUUCACCGUAGGCCGUUGAUCCUGCAUAGUGAUAAUGGAAGUCAAUUUGUAAGCCACGAGUUGCAAGAUGCACUAGAGCGAUGGAACAUAGCCCACAUCGUUACACCAAUAAACGCCAGUUUUGCAAAUGGGAAAAUCGAGAGAUGGCAUCGUUAUCUGAACGAAUACUUGCGUGCUCAUAAUACAAGUACAGCAAU